AGGAAGCCUUGGACUUUGCCACGCCCAGCUUUUUUGUAUUAGCCGAGGCAGCCUUCGGAGCUGGAGAUUUGCCCAUAACUACUGAAAUCCCAGAUGAAGAGCUACAAGAUCUACAAGAAGAUUUUGAUGAGCACUUUGGAUCAAGUGAUAACGGCAGUGAUGAAGAAUCACUACCCGAACUGAUCAAUCGCAAGAAGAAACAAAGACACAAAAGCGAUGAUGACAGUGCCAAUGAAAGCGACUAUGAAAGCAAAGACAACGACUCUGAUAUAGAGAUGUCCGAGCAAAAUCACGAUCCAAGUCGUGACAAUGAUGAAAUUGACGACAAACUUACCAAACUCAUUGAUAAACUCCAACAUAUGGAGAAUCCCGAAGAUGAGAUUUGA